AUGGCUGUGGUCGGAAUCAACGGCCAUGUGGACAUUGUGAAACUCCUUCAGAAGGGCGUGGACCCGAACCCAAAUACCAGGCCGCCGAGUUGGGUUUCUAACUGUGAAAGCCCAUUUGAUCAAGCGGCUAGCCAUGGGCAGGAGGCCGUGGCGAGGUUGUUGGUACCGUACAUUAAAACGGCCGAUUAUUUGUUAUGGACUUUCAUGUGCUCCGAAUAUGAAGAGGAGCCGGAUUAUGACGACGUCUCCUGA